UUACGAUGACUUUUGGCGGCCAUAUUGCUCUUUCUUUCUUUUUCUGACCACGUUCUCUGCGAGUCGUAUGAAAUAAAAAUGAGCCUCACAAUUUCAAAAAAACGCAAGUUUGUUGCCGAUGGCAUGUUUAAAGCUGAAUUGAACGAGUUCUUGACUCGUGAGCUCGCUGAGGAUGGUUACUCUGGUGUUGAGGUGCGUGUUACUCCUGCCCGUACCGAAAUCAUCAUCAUGGCCACCAAGACCCAACAGGUUUUGGGUGAGAAGGGUCGCCGCAUUCGUGAACUGACCGCCAUGGUACAAAAGCGUUUCAACUUCGAACCUGGCCGUAUUGAAUUGUACGCUGAAAAGGUCGCCACCCGUGGUUUAUGCGCCAUCGCUCAAGCUGAAUCCCUCCGCUACAAGUUGACCGGUGGUUUGGCUGUCCGUCGUGCCUGCUACGGUGUUUUGCGUUUCAUCAUGGAGUCUGGCGCCAAGGGCUGUGAAGUUGUUGUGUCCGGCAAAUUGCGUGGUCAACGUGCUAAAUCCAUGAAAUUCGUCGAUGGUCUUAUGAUUCACUCUGGUGAUCCAUGCAACGAUUAUGUUGAAACAGCUACCCGUCACGUAUUGUUGCGUCAAGGUGUUUUGGGCAUUAAGGUCAAGAUUAUGUUGCCCUAUGAUCCCAAGAACAAAAUCGGCCCCAAGAAGCCCUUGCCCGACAAUGUUUCCGUUGUUGAGCCUAAAGAAGAGAAGAUUUACGAAACACCUGAGACGGAAUACAAAAUGCCCGUGGCCGCUCGUGUGCCCAUUGGUGAUGAAGCUGCUGCUCAUUAAGAAGUGUACGCCCAUACAAGUAAUUAGCUUUUGUAUGUGAAAUGUGUGAGGAUCAGUGAUGUCUUUUUUUUGAAUAUUUCAAAAAUAAAACUUGCAAAUAUGAAAAAUUUUUAUUUAGAAAGAUAACAUUACAAAACAAAACCAA